AUGAACCAGCCGUCACUCUCAGCAUCGGCUCUCACGACCAGUAGUGCUGCAUCGCCAAAUCCAGACCCGGACACGUCCGCCACAGCGUCGUACUUGGCCGACGAAUUCUCUAAACGCUCGCCAUCUGAUGCGAGUGUGCCGCCAUCCGCCAUGUUUCCCAUCGAUAGCAGUGCUGCUUACCGCACAGGCGCCUUCACCAACGGCGCCGUCAUGGCCCCUGGCAGCGAUCCCGCAGCGCUGACACGCGUCUCCACUGCUGCGCGCCGAAACUACACACCCUUGGAUCUCAUGAAGUACGACACGCCGCUCACAAGCGCCAAGGUUCAGCGCAUGAUCAGUCAGCUUGAAUACAAGCUUCAACUCGAACGCCAGUUCAAGCACGGCUACGACAAGAUUGCUCGGUUGUACCAGGCUGAAAGUGAUCGUCGGAGUCAGGGUGAUGCGAUGAACCAACGCACCGAAAGUGCAGGAAAGCUUGUCCUGAUCCAGCAAGCGCUCAAGCGAUACCAGCAGCUGGACAUGCGCGAUGACGAAGAGGUGCAACAGGAAAAUCCUUAUGCGGCUCGUCGUGCGCACAAGCCCCAGUCCGGCACUCUGUCGAUUGCUAUCAAGGGUGCAAAGGAAGUGGAUCAUGCCGCGAUAUCCAGCAGCACUCGUUCCAUGCGUGAAUCGUAUGUGUCUAUCAAGGUAGAAGAAUCGGAGCGAGUACGCACCCCAGCUUCGCGCUCUGAUGCAUGGAAUGUCAGCUAUGAGCUCCCGCUUGAGAACACAAACGAAGUCGAGCUGGUCAUCUUCGACCGCGUAGGCACAUCUGCACCCGUCCCCGUUGGUUUGCUGUGGCUCCGCAUCAGUGACAUUAUCGAACAGUUGCGCAAAAUCAAGGCUGGCCAAGUCGGCGCUGAUGGCUUGCCAUCGGCGUCUCCAUCGCCCAUGACACCGAAUAGCAGCGAUUGGGUCACGGCCGACACCAUGGCAUCGAUGACCUCCUCGCUUUUCCCCGCCCAGCCCACAGCACAGCAGGCGGCCAAGUCAGGCCUAGAAGGCUGGUUCACUGUCGAACCGCGAGGUGCCGUGUAUUUGCAGCUCGGUUUCACCAAGCAGAAUGUCCCAAAGCGCUCUUAUGACACGGGACUGGGUCGCCAUGGCGCCAUGCGCAAGCGCCGCGACCAGGUGUCUGUUGUCAAUGGCCACCGAUUCGUACCGCGUCAGUUCUACCAGGUGAUCCGUUGUGCGCUGUGUGGUGAACUGCUCCUGAAUGCAGCUGGAAGCCAAUGUGAAGAUUGCAACUACCGCUGUCACAGGAAAUGUGCGCCAAAGAUCGUGACCAAGUGCAUCGGCACCAAGUCGGGUGCGUCUGCAAACGACGAGGUUGAGCUGAAGCACCGUAUCCCACACCGCUUCGAGCCAUUCACGAAUCUGGGAGCCAACUGGUGCUGUCAUUGUGGAACGAUGCUGCCCCUGGGACGACGCGCGAGUCGCAAGUGCAGUGAAUGUGAUCUUACAUGUCAUGCCGACUGUGUUCACCUUGUGCCGGACUUUUGUGGCAUGUCGAUGGAAAUGGCAAACCAAAUGCUCAGCAACAUUGCUAGCAUCAAGAAACCGUUGAGCUGA